GCCCAUUGUCGCGACCCGCGCUUCGUAGACGUCCAUUUUCCGUUAGGUGCAUCUUGCGUUGUGUUACAGCAUUUUACCGGCGUACAGUGACUAAAUUGUUUCGUCUGACGAAGGUUUACAUGUAAUGGACUUGGAUUUGCAACAAUAAAUCAUCGUUCUACAACUUGGAUACAGCGUAACAACAAUUGUGAAAGAAUAAUUGAUCUCUAAUCAUGGGUUGCAGGGACUUCAUGAGAGAGAAAACCCGGGGAUUGACCCCGGCUCUCCUAUUCACAGCCAUAAGUGUCACUGUUGGCACUACGUUCCCAUUCGGCUACAACAUGGUUGUCAUGAAUGCUCCACAAGAGCUGUUGGAGCAGUUCUUCAAUGAGUCAUAUAAUCAUACAAGGGGAGAGUAUAUGGAUGAACCACAGCUCCGGUUAUAUUGGUCAGUAAACUCAGCGCUUUACUCAGUUGGAGCCAUUUUUGGAUGCUUGUCACUAAGUUAUCUCACGGACCUGCUCGGAAGGAAAGGCAUGAUGAUUUGUAUCAACUUUGUGAUUUUCGCCGUUUCUGCUAUAAUGGGUCUGUCUAAAUUUGCAAUGUCAUUUGAGAUGAUCAUUGUAGCCCGUUUCCUCUAUGGAGUUGUAGCAGGUUUAUGUUCGGUCGCUACGAUACACUUCAUGGAGAUUGCACCUCGUCAUCUCCGUGGUGCUCUUGGUGGCCUGUAUGAAUUGGGAUUUGCAUCAUCCAUGCUUAUUUCAACGGCACUUGGAUUACCUCACGUUUUGGGAAACAGUGACUAUUGGCCCAUCCUUCUAAGUUUUACGGCAUUCACGUCGGUAUUGCAACUAUGGACUCUACCAUUCACAAAGGAAAGCCCACGCUACCUGCUGGUGAGAAAAGGAAAAGAAGAUGAAGCCAGAAAAUCAUUGAUAUUCUUUCGAGGAACAACCGAUGUUGACAAAGAAAUGGAGGAACUGAAGAUAGCAGCAAACGCACAAAAAAAUGUUGCACUCCUCUCCUGGCUUGAUAUCUUGAGAGAUCCUGGUCUGCGCGCAGCAUUGUUCGUCUCCUGCUCAAUCCAACUCUCUCUGCAGCUUGGUGGAGUUAUUGCUGUGCUGUAUUACUCGACCAAGCUGUUUACAAGUAUCAACAUCACCUACCCCGAGGCAGCAUAUGCUAGCAUGGGCAUUGGAGCAAUGAAACUUCUUACAAACAUGUUCAGUAUGUACGUGUUGGAAAGAUGGGGGCGCAGGAUUCCACAGCUGGUUGGCACUGGUGGCCAGGCAGUAAUGACCGCAAUUCUGGCCAUCGUUCUCAGCUUUCCGCAAUACGCAUGGGCAAGAGUUGCUAGUGUUGCGGUUACUAUUCUCUUCAUCUCCUUCAAUACAUUUGGCCCUGCUACAAUCUGCUUCAUGAUCACCCCGGAGCUUUUCCGUGAGAAUGCACGGCCCUCUGCUGUUAGCAUGUCCUUCAUCGUCAUGUACGUUACCAAUACACUGGUUGGCGUCAGCUUCCCUACGCUGAAAAAGGUGAUGGGGCCCUACGUGUUCCUCAUCUUCAGUGGAUGCUCUGUGGUUCUGUGGGUUUACAUCUAUCGCAAUAUGCCGGAGACGAAGGGCCGGUCAAUUGAGGACAUAGUGAAAGGCUUCGGCGUGAAAUCGGACGCAGGUAAACCAGAGGCGGUCGAAGAUGAGAGCCUAGUCAUGCAGAACCUCUGUGAGAAAACACCGGACGAGAAAGCGACACUGCGUAACGGGGUCGGCCCAUCUGACGACGCUGACAAGGAAAUGGCAGCUAUUUGUGAGAAAGACCCAAAUGUGUGAGGUGUCAGUGUCUACUGGUGCCUGUACAUGCAUAGCAUCAAGAGCUAAUAAUACCUAGAGUGUACAACGGAAAAACGGGAAAAUAGUGCUAUUUCACGACAACAU